UUCUCAACCUACCCAAACAAAACAGUGCUUUCCAAGUCAGCCAAGAAAUUAAACGCUGUCUUCUCACAGGAACACCUUGCUUGUUUGUCUCUUGGAAAAUUAACAUAUGAGUCAGCUUAAAAUACCACAAAGAACCGAUAACUGAGCACGUUCUGAUCGAUGGCAGCGAUGCGCAUAAAAACCUCAUUGUGUCGAUUUUCUGAAUUUCCGUGAUGUGAGCCGAAAAUCUGUGCGACCUGUCAAAAUGAUGGACCUUUUUUUUCAAGUCGGGUUCGGUUUGGCAUGCCUUGUGAUUUUUGGUUAUUUGUUCUUCGAACUGCACUAUUUCGGACGCUCGCUGCUUAGUGUUGUCCUGGCCAAGUGCAAGAAAAAAGUGCAUGUUCUAGAUGAGACUAGCAUCAAAGGAAUAUGCCUUACUUCAGACAUAGACACGUUGCUGACCCAUAUGAACAACGCCAGAUUCCUCAGGGAGUUGGAUUUUGCCAAAAUAGAUUUCCUGGAAAGAACGGGUCUUUUCUAUCUGAUCAGGAAAUACAAGGGGUCCAUAUGUCUUGGAGCCACAACAGUUAGAUAUAGGAGGUUCAUCAAAUUGUUUUCAUUUUAUAGGAUCACAUCGAAGAUCAUUUACUGGGAUGAGAAUGGCAUUUACAUGGAGCACCGUUUCAUAGCGUCGUCCGACAAUUUCGUCAGCGCCGUCGUGAUUUGCAAAACACGCAUAGUCAACUGCGACGUAGAGGCGAUGAUGAACGAGGCCCUUCUGGUACCUGAAAAUGGCGAUAUAGAAAACGCGAAACGGGAAAAACCUCAGAUGACUCUCCUGCUCAAAAAAUGGAUUGAGCACAACGAGUUGUCGAGCGCCCUGCUGCGCAACACGAGAACAACUGGCAGUGAAACCACUGAAAUGAAUGGAAAUCUGACUACCAUAGAGGUGAACGGAAAUAUCUCCAAAGAAAAUAUCGACCAAAGUAACAAUCUAAAGGCUGUGGAAAUGGUGGGAUGUACCAAUCCCACCUUCAGCGAACAAGCGUAAUUUUCUCUACCGAUUUUUAGCCAUAUUAUGUAGAUCUUAGGUGCUGUCAUAUUGAAAGUUCCUAUUAGAUGAGAUUCUGAUACUUAAAGAACUUCCUUCACUAGAUCGAUUCUUCCAUCUCGUAUUUUGUGAUGUGCAACAUCCAAACAAUGUAUGGUAUGAUAAAACACUGUUGAAAUUAUGUUGUACCUAUAACAAAUAUCCCUAGUGAAUGGAUAUCAAUAUUAAUUGCAUAUAAGGUUAAUAUUAAUUCAGUAUAGUGUGAUAAAAUAAGGGUUAAUAGUUCAAUUUCAAAUGACCUGAUUAUAGAUGAUAUAGUAACUUUCAAGAAUUAUGUUAACUCAAAUACGAAAUCAUUGAAAUCAAGAAGAAAUUGUUGAAUGUUUUAUGUGAUGACAUCUCAGAUUCUAUAGGAGGACUCCUUUGCUCCAAAUUUGUCCAAAUUAAACUUUGAAUGGAGCAGCGUGAUAACAGAAUGUAUUAUUUGAGCCCUACAUGUAUUCACUGUAUAUAGAUGUGUAUAUAAUUUAAAAAUUUCGAAACUUGAUAUUUAUGUAGAAUUAGUAUAGUUGUGAUACCUAUUUUUCCAUUUUGAUGCACAUUUAUUAAUCAAAUAUUUAUCUGUAACGAGAUAUGUACUCAAGAGCACAUUAUGUGGAAUGUGUGUAUUAAAAGUAUUUUAUUUUGA